GACUUUGGAACUUUUUGCAGUCCCAUAAUCUCUCAAUUCAUAAAUUUCCACCAAGGGCAAGCCAGGCUUGUGUUCUCUUUCUUCCUCCCUUCUCUCCUUCCUUGCAUUCUGUUUACUGUUAGUUUAGAGCAGCAUUCAUUUCCUAAACUGAGAUGGCAAAAAACUCUGGCAAUGAUGGAUUGGAGUCCCUAAAAUACAAGACAUGGGUGUUGAAAGUCUUCAUCCAUUGUGAAGGUUGCAAGAAGAAAGUCAAGAAAAUUCUUCAGAGCAUUGAUGGUGUCUAUGGAACUACCAUUGAUGCUCAGCAGCAUAAAGUUAGUUUCACUGGGAAUGUUGAUCCCGAAACAGUAAUCAAGAAGCUGGUGAAAAUGGGGAAACAUGCAGAGGUUUGGCAAGCAGAAGAGUUUGGCAAUCAAGAGAAAAAACCUAGCAAGUCGAAGAAAAACAAGGGCCAACAGGAAAGCAAAGAUGCUGAUGAUGCUAGCAACAAUGAGGAGAAAACUUCGGUAGUGAAAACUGAAAGUACUAUUAAAGAUGGCAGCAAAGGCAAGGUAAAUCGGGAAGGUCAACCAGAGGACAUUUCUAGCAGUGUUAAGGAACCUAUGGUGGAGGGAAAAGGUAGCUCUGGUGGCAUUGGCAGCAAAAAGAAGAAAGGACAGAGCAAUAAUGCAACCAAAGGGGGAGCUGAAAAAGGUGGCAAUAGCGAUGGGUCUCCUUUAUCUGCUCCCCGAAUGGACAUACCGAGUGGAAUGAAAGAUCCCAGCCUGCUGUGCCAGCAAAUCCACCCAUAUCCUCAGGUUUACCAUCCAAUCCCAGAGUAUGGAAUGAGUUACAACACGGCGUAUCCUAGUACUAGUAACUCUUCAUAUUAUGAUCCCGAUAUGCAACCUUAUCCUUAUUCCCAUUACUAUGCACCGCCUCGCCCACCGUCUGAUCCAAUCACAACUGUGAAUGAUCACAGUGACUAUGAUUAUGAUGAUGCCGAUGAAAGUGGAUGCACAGUCAUGUAACCCAACCUAAGUAAUCAAGGGUUUAAAGUUAAGUUAUUGUGUGUGGGGAAAAAAAAAAGAAGCUACCAGUACUGCUUGCUUUUAGUUGUAUGUAGGACCAAGGUAUAAUAUGGCUUUUCCUUCACCUGUAUGUGUAAUAAAGUUGUUUUUUGUUGGUGA